GGAUCACUGCGCUUACUUUUACGUGCUUAUGGAAUUUUGUGUGUGAUGGCCGUUAUGACGUAUUAUCGACAGCGGGAGAUGCAUGGUUUUUCUUUGUAAUUUAGAACAUUAUUGCUAGGAUGGGACCGCCACCCGUGGUCACUGGAAUAUCGCCUAAAGAAGGCCCACCCGGCACUCGGGUGAUAAUGCGUGGAGAAUUUUUAGGAAAUAAAGCUCAAGACCUUAUAGGAUUGACAAUAUGUGGAUGUGACUGUCUACUUUCGGCUGAAUGGAAAUCGUCGAAUAAAAUUAUAGCGAGGUCAGGACCUUGCAAAGGUCGCGGCGAUAUAAUAGUCACAACACGAAGCGGAGGGCAGGGAACCUCGACAGUACAGUUUCGUGGUUAUCAUGAAACUAUAGGUCCUAUGAAGGAGUCGGCUGUAUGGGUAGAAGAAGCUCCUAUGCAGAGUUUAGGUUGGGGUAGAAGGGCAUUGUCACCUACAAACUAUCAACAGGAAGAUCCUUUGGGGCUUAGUGUAGAGGGAAACGAUAAAAAGUUUCCCGAGGAUGAAUUGACCGAACUUUUUGGGGAUGGAAGCGGAGAUUUAACGAGUGAAAAAUUUCAUCCAGGAUGGUUUUUAUUACAGCAUCAUCAUGCCACAACUUUGGAAGAUUUAAAAGCUGGCUUGGCUUAUCUUAGAAGAAAAGUUAACUCUCAAAAGGAAGGGCAGUUGUCAUUUUUAAAAGCCAAUGUAGGGGCAGUAAUGGAGCAACUUGAUACAAUAAUGUCAUUAAAGGAUCAGUUUGAGGCAGACAUGAAGAGUUAUGGCAGUGAUCCUACAGAGAAAUUGGAAAAAGCCAUCAGACAGUCUAUGUCAGAGGCUAAUAAAUUAUUCGACGAUGUGUUAGCGAGAAGAGACAGAGCUGAUGCUACUCGUAAUGCACUGGCUGUUAUGCAACGUUAUAAAUUUCUCUUUUGUAUGCCAAUAAACAUUGAGAGAAAUAUUAAACGUGGCAAUUAUGAUCUCGUAAUUAAUGACUAUGCCAGAGUUAAGAAUCUGUUUAAAAAUACAGAGGUGGAUGUUUUUAGAAAGGUAUUAGAAGAAAUUGAUGAUAGAAUUAAUAAUUUUAAAGUGCUGUUACGGAAAAGAUUAGAAGAGAUGUCAUUCAGUUUAGAGGAACGUAAGAAGAUCAUUAGAAAUCUUGUCAAUCUCGACGCCGAAGGUGAUCCGGCAUGGGAUGCGAUAGUUUCACAUGCAAAUUAUCUAGAAAAAUGUAUUGUCAAUGUUGUACCCGAGCAUCUAGACGCAGUUAAUUAUGAGGAUACGAGCAAGACAUGCAAGUCGAUUUCGCUAAAUAUUAAGCAUUUGCGCUUGGAGAAAACUAAUGGAAAUAACCCACCAACACAAAUCUCGUGCAUCGAAACAAUCUGCGAUAUCGUGGUUGAACAAUUGCCAGACUUAUGGAGAUUGGGACAGAGUUAUUUCACAGGACAGCUACAUGUAGCGGUAGAUGUGGAAAAGCAAGGUCAUUUUAAAAAUUUAGUUUUAUCGAGCAUGCAACGUGCCAUGGAGGCCAUCAAGAGUAUAUGCAGUCAUGAUGUAGAUGCAAAGUGGCUUUUACAUAUAUUACGUUGCGUCAGACAAAUGUACGCAUCUCUGAUACAUUUGGAUUUGCCUAGCGAAGCUCUUGACAUUUUCGGGGCAUUUAUAUUGAAUUUAAGGAUACAAUGUUUGAUUGCUCUCUUCAAGCAAGGAGCAGAUAAUAUAAUAGCUUUGAAUCGAGAGGAAACGUGGCAAAUAGAAUAUUUGAAUGAGGACGGUGGUGUUACCAAAUUGCCGUACUUGUUUGAGGAAACAGUCGUGAAGAUAUCGAGACACGCGCGUGAAACAGUAAUUGCUUGUGGCCCGAGAGAAGGGCCGUUGUUCAAUAAUCCGACACACCAGCUUCUCUAUCACAAUACCGUCAAAAUGUUAUUCACAUCGUUCACGCGAUGUUUAGAACAAUUGGCAUUUAGCGGUUGCGAGGACAAUGACGAAACGUCGGUUUCGCAAUUGAUCGGCUCGCCUUCUGGUUAUAAAAGCAAAACCAAUAAACACAAAGGACCAACAUGGGAGCAAUGUCUUUUAAUUUCGUUAAGCAAUAUACGAUACACGUUGAAUAUCGUUUUACCAAGAAUCGAAGAUGCCUUGAAAACACAAGGUUAUCCCGAAUUAUCCACCGCAGUUGGAUGGAAUUCCGAUUGGACGCAAAUGGAGACAUUGGAUAGCGCCGUUCUGGAAGCGUAUCUAGAACGCCGUUGCGAUCCGCUCGUCGGUACAAUAGAACCUAGCAUGUAUUUAGGUGGCUUGGAGUGGGACUUUGAUAUAGAGCCAACCCAUCUAAAGCCGUAUGCUCAAGAAAUAUUGGCGAAUUUAAUCGCAGUGCACGCGGAGGUGCGCAGAGUUGCGCCAGCUCUAUUACAACGAAUUCUAUCCCACAUAAUAGAGACUAUAGCGGAAGAGCUCGCGCGACUUAUGUCGUGCGUUACGCAGUUUCGACCGGCUGGAAUUAUUCAAGCUCGGACAGAUAUAACACUCUUGAGGAACGCUUUGCAAGCUUAUAGCACAACUAGAGCAAAAAGUUUCUUCGAGGAAGCUUUGGACGCGAUACCUCAGCCUGUAAAUACCGUAGACCGUAUGCGAAUAGACGCUCUUCUAUCAAAGGUAACAACUUGCAUGCGACUACAGUUAUCGUGUCUUGCCAAUGAAGGAACGGAGAAUAUUCGUUACUUGACGGCGGAUCCCGAGCGUGUUACCACUGUGUAAUUUAUGGCGUCUAGAAUAUCCAACGAUGUAUAUUGUAAGCAAUAAUUAAUUAAUU